CGUACGUUAGCGUUCUAGUGCCAUUUUAUCAUCGGCUCUCGACAGUGAAACAUCGUUGUAAAUAUUCGCUUAUCGAAUCACUGUCGGUAAAAGAUUUCAUUAUCAACAUUUUUAAGUUACUAGUCAUUGUUAUCAUCUGUGCUACAAUGUCUCAACAAUUUUGUUUAAAGUGGAACAACCACAUGAAUAACAUGAUGGAUGUGUUUAAAAACUUACUGUCGACAGAAGCGCUAGUCGACGUAACUCUUGCCUGUGAUGGGUUGAGCUUAAAAGCGCACAAAAUGGUUCUUUCAGCUUGCAGUCCAUUCUUCCAGUCUCUGUUUUUAGAGAAUCCCUGUAAGCAUCCAAUUGUGAUACUUAAAGAUAUGAAAUACAGUGAACUGAAAGCUAUAAUAGAAUUCAUGUAUCAUGGUGAAGUGAAUGUUGCACAAGAUCAACUCUCAGCCCUUAUGAAAACAGCAGAGACUCUUAGAGUAAAAGGGCUGGCAGAGGUAACAAAUGAAAAGAACUCUGAAUCCUCUAAUACUACUACACCUGCACAAGAGGAUUCUAGUCAUAGAACUGUGCAGCAAAGGACAGAUACACCGCCUCCACAAAAUAAACGAAGACGUGGCCGAACAAGAAAGCGGUCGCUAAGUGACUCUAACCGUAGUGAUGAAGAUUCUAUUGAACCAAAGAUCAAACAGCCAGAUUCUCCUGAUAUUGAAGAAAUAUCAGGUGAUUUAACUAUGGAGGGUUCUAGUGGAGGACAGUAUUCUAAUUUACAAUCUCAGGUGCCUAUGCAGACUUUACCAUCCCAUAACACAAACUCUUUUCAUAAAUCAUCAUCUAUAGCUCAAGAUGCUCAGAUUGAGGAGCCAGCAUCAGCUGAUGAAAGUGAAUUUGGGGUGGAACCUGCUAAAUUAUUAGAACAAACUUUGACAACAGAUGAUUUGUCAAAUGCACGUCGAAGUGGUAGAUCUUCUGUUCCUUCCUCUGGCAUGGAGAUGCAGAGGAGGCCUAGGAGUAGCACAGAUCAUUCCUCAAACUUAGUCCCUACAUCAAUGCCAUCAGAAGCCUUAGGUUCAAAUACACAACCAGAAAGCCCUCCAGAUAUCAAACCAGAGCUACUUGAGUUGGAUCCGCCAAUGUCACCUGUGGCUGGACCAUCUCAUAGCUCGGACAAUUCCAUGAUGAUGUAUAUGGAUCAGUCAACCGUAUCAUCACUUCCAGGGCCAAGUGGUUAUCAAGAUAAUUCAGCACUUGUUUCACAGGAUUCACAACCUCAAGGUAAAUAUAAGGUUUUGUAUAUUAUUUUGGUAUUAAGAUAUUCAAAUGAGAUCAGGAAAUGGUUAUUAAAAUCCAGAAAGAUAAAUUUCCUAAAAUUAAUAGUUUUGAAUCAUGAUGAUAAUUUAUCUGAGGACCAAAUAUGUCGCCCAGUUAACAGUUCCAUUAUUUUAGAUUGAAUCAACUACCAAUUGUUUAAAAUAAAUACUAAUUGUUUGAAAUUAAAAUUUGAUUAAAAAGAAAGUUAAUGUAAAUGCAAACUUGUUCAUUUGGCUGAACCAGCCUUGUAUCUUUCCAUUUGU